UUAAAAUGCUGUGCUGGUUUCUUGGAUACCUUUUUGUACUACCUGCACUAUGUUUCAAUAUAAAAAAUGGCAGCUUAGAUCAGAAUCAUACUACGACGCCAGAAUCAAUUCAUUUCCAAAAUCUGGAUAUGACAGUAAUCUGUAAGUUUCAACCAAAUGGUUAUGAUUGUGAUGAAACAAGGUUGUUUCGACCGAAAUUCUACUAUGACUUAAAGUUAGAGGACUGCAGGGCUUAUUCUAUAGGAAGUUGUCCGUACAAUCUGAACACCUUCGACACUUUAUCAGAAUGCCACGAUGGUUGUCGAGAUGUUGGCAUAGAACCGGUUCCCACUGAUCUCACGCCCAGAAUCUUUUGUCGGUUUCAAUAUGACUUCGGACAUUGCAAUGGAUAUAAUCCAAGAUGGUACUACGAUAUGACAACACGUCGGUGCAGAGGUUUCUCGUACAGCGGCUGCGGGGGCAAUUUCAACAGGUUCCUCACUCAACAGGCCUGUGCAACUGUGUGCAGCGGGGCAACGGAAACCAAAUCAGGCCUGAAUUAAACGA